AUGGAACUCACGACGACCUACACGCCUUCUCGGUUCGCUGCCGAUAACACAUUGUCCAAUCCCCAAGUCUCUGAAAAGUACAAGCUUGCUGGCAACAUUGUCAACGCUGUCUUGCCCCAAGUGCUCUCUCAUGUUGCUCCCGGUAUCUCGAUUUGCGAUCUGUGCCAGUAUGGCGAUGACUUGAUCAAUGCUCACACAAGCGAGACUUUCAAGUCUAAGGAUCGAGGUGUGGCUGUUCCUACAUGUGUCUCUGUCAACAACAUUGUGCAAUACUCGAGCCCUCUUCUUGAUUCCGAUUACAACCUUAAGCCAGGCGAUGUUGUUAAGGUUGAAUUGGGUGCCCAUAUCGAUGGUUACAUUGCUACUGCCGCCCAUACUGUCAUUGUCAAUCCCGAGCCUAGCCAACCUAUCCAGGGACGUGCUGCUGAUGUUGUGUGUGCAACUCAUUAUGCUCUCGAGGCUGCUAUCCAAAUGCUUCGACCUGGCGUCAAGAGCUCUGAAAUUACACGAGUGAUUACCGAGAUUGCUGCUUAUUACCGCUGUAAGCCUGUCGAAGGCACCUUUUCUUCUCCCAUGAAGCGAUUUGUGUUGCGUGCUGGCAAGGAUAUCGAGAACCGAUUCCCUGAUGAUAUGAUUGUGCAAGAUCUUGACAAGUUUGAUUUCCAAAUCGAACCCAACCAGGUUUAUCAAAUGAACAUUGUAUUGACUACCGGUGAUGGCAAGACCAAGGCAGCUGAAGAAAAGCCCCAUGUCUUUCAACGUGAUGUCCACAAAUCCUAUCAACUCAAGAUGAAGGGUGCACGUGUUGCCUAUGCCGAAAUCAAUGACAAGUAUACUGUGUUCCCAUUCUCUGCACGUGCCUUGACAACGAAACAAGCACGUCUUGGUUUGAGCUCGCUUAUUCAACAUGAAUUGAUUACGCCUUACGUUCCCAUGCGAUCAUCACGGACAUCUGAUCUCGUGGCCCAAUUCAAGGCAACCAUCCUUGUUACACCAGAGGGUCUUAUCCGCACCACUUCACCUCCAGCUCUUCCUUUUGUUCAUUCUCAAUAUUGCAUUCCUGCCGAAACGACUGCAGCUCAGGUUCUCAGCGCACCAUCCGUCGUCAAGGUUGCCCCCGUGAAGCAAAUGUCUGAGGUCCAAGUUGAGUUUGGCAAUCGCCGUGUAGAGAACGAGGAUGUCGAGAUGGAGUAA